AGAAACACAGUUACGAUCCGCCAAAUGUUCUGAACACAACGUGCCACUCAAGCGCUAAACGGGAAAUAUUCAAUAGAUCCUGCUCAAUACCAAAGCAACCCAACUGUGAUAGCUACUACAAGUACUUACUUUCAACAUGUCUGCCGCAAACAAAGUUAAUCAUCUGGUCAGUGCCACGUCGCGCUACAUUGCCGGACGCAAUGCCGUGCAAACUGUUUACUGGAGGACCUCCGCCGGACCGAAUCCCCGCAUGCUGAAGACGAACAAGACCUGCGAAUUUGAUCGCAGCACAGAGGCGCCACGUAGCGUCCGUCUGCAGAACUACAAUCGCACUUACAUCAGCAAAUAAGUUGUCACCUAACAUGGGCGACAAUUUAAACUAGUUCCUACAUUCUAUAUUUAUUGUACCUAUCGAAGUGAUGGAGUUGCCUUCGUUAUUAUGUGCCGAGGCCGGACAAAUGCAACAAGGCAUUGCCUUGAGUUUAAAAUAAAAUAUUAGACUAUCUAAGUAGUUAAUCACAACACGA